UAUUUUCUCUUUUACUGUUUUUAUAUUUUUCUUAUUUAAGCUGCUCUUUAUUAUUAUAUUGAUAAUAUCAAAAGUAGUAUUUCUAUAGUGGUAUAGGAAGAGAUUUUUAGUAGUUUUAGUGAGGUGUUGAAUUAUAAAUAAAGCAUAUCCAAAAUGAGUUUUUUGAAAAUUAAUGUUGCUGCAUAAAAGGUACUGGAAGUGACAAUGACAUACUUGCAUUUUUUAGGUUGCAUAAUUAAACAAGUAAUAAUUUUUAAUAUGCAAUGAGAUGGAACGCAAACAUUACAUUUUGUUUUAUUAGAAGGAAUUAAUAUGCAUGGAUAAAAAUAAAAUAGUUAUAGGUAGUAAUAGGGUAAACCAAAAAUAUUUGGGAGAGAUUAAAUUCACCUAGGGUCAUUUCCAAGUUGUAUCUUGGAUAGCUUUAUGUUUUUAUUAGCAUUUUUCUGAGGAGGAGUUGUUACUAUAGCAACAUUUGCAGGAUAACUUGGAUUUAUUUUUAGCAUUUAUUAGUUGCAUGUCUACAGCUGCUUUCAUAGAUUUAUGGUGGGAAAUGAAUAUAAGUCACAUUUCUUUCACUGUAUUAAAGUCUUUUAUGGUACCUUAUAUUUCUGUUAUUUCUUUUUCUGUUUUCAUUGUCUAUGGUCAGCUAGUUAGAAUGCAGGAAAUGCUAGUGAAAGCAGCUGCUUUCAUAGUAUUAUUGUGUAUUACUUGAUAAUGCCAGCUAUAUGCUCACAAGUAUAAAAAAACUGGCAGAUAUUAAUACUGUUCCACUGUUCUCAUUUUACAUGUCACUCAUGAUAUGGAUACUUCAGAUGUAGAAUUACCUUUUAAUAGCUGUCAUCAGGGAUUCAGAUGUGAGAUGUGUCAAGAGGUAACUUUAUCUGAAAUCAGAACAGGCUUGGCAAUUUGCCAGCAGAAAAGCAAUCUUCUGGUGACUGUUGUAGCUCUGGAUUGGAAGAUGAGAACAGAAUCUUAUGCAGACUCUUAGAUGCUUCGUACUGUGAUCAGGCAUGGUUGUAUACAUAUCUCUGUGUAUUGCACACAUCAUCUGCAAACUAUGAUUAAGCAAUGCUCCGCAGAUAAUGGCUUUGUUAUCACUGCUAGAUGCUUUCAUAUUGAUUAGGUGUGUAGUCCAACAUUGCUGGUGAUUUACUGUUAGAAAUAUCAGCAUUUCUCCAUGCUUGGAGAAAUGUGUGGCUAGUAUGGCUCUUUAGAUUAUCUUGUUAAGGUGGCACAAUAAAGGGUAUUCUAGUUAAAUGCACUAGUAUAGUGAAGACAAUCAAAAGCGCUACUUUGUAAGACUUAUUAUGUAACAUUUUUUUAAUGUUAUUGCCUUAUGUUUUCUAAGCAAGGUAUCUAUCUUGGAUUAAUACAUUUGGGUUUUAUUUUGACUGUUUGUUUCUGAAAAACAGCCUCAGGCUGUGAUUUCAAGUUUCAAACUUUAAGGAAAUGUCCAAAACUUCUUCCCUUGUGAAGCCAGAGAUCCUGUGGUUAAAUCAGUUCUGUUAGUGAUUUGGGUACAAGUUUAUUGUGAGGGUUUAAAAUGGCAGUGAACACUAGUAGAACAUUUGUUAAUUUCAAAUAAUCUUUUAAAUCAGAGUAUUAUUUUCCUGGUCAGUGUCUGAAUAAGUGAAUACCCAUUUUGAACACUUGCUAGGUUGUCAUAGGUUAGGAAAUGUCAUCUGCAAAUUCUGGUUGCAAGAGUCUAGCCAAAGCUUCUGGUAUUUUUGGGGAAUCUUGUUGAAAUUUAAAGCCUUGUCCAAGGCACCCUCUUCCUUACUGUGGUUGGCCUUCUGGUUAUCUGGGAGCUAUACAUGGCCUAUGUGCCAUGAACUAUAUGUGCUUCACAAAAUUAGAAAAAACUUUUCCAAUUUUUGCAAAUUAUCUAUACUGCUUAGUGGUAAGCCACCAACCAGCCUGGCACUUUAAUAAGCAGUAGAUUGCCUUGGUAGAAUUCUCCUGGAAAGUAUGAAGGGCUUCACUUGUGUAGAGAAGUACAUGUGUAAACCUACAUAAUUAUUCUACAUUGUUCUACAUUGUGACUGUCACUACUAAUAUAGGCAGACUUCAUUCAUCUUUUGCCCAGAAGCAGUUGCUUGAGUAGUGUGUGUUGUCUCAGACUAUUCAGAGACCUGCAGUAGUAACUGCAGUUUAGUAAGCCAUGUCAAGAGUGCAAAUUGGUUAGCAUUUUGCAGUAUUCCAAAGUAGGAAGAACUUUUGUUUUUUCUGUCAAUGUUUUCAUAUUGUAAGUUAUAUAUUGGCUUUUAAGCUGUAUAUAUACCAGAGUAUUUCCAUAUACACCAGAGUAUUUCCAAUUACCCUUAUUUCAUGAGUCAGGAAAAAUGAAUAAGAAUUUAAUUUCCUGACAUGACUAUAAUAUGUUUGAUGGUUCUCAGUUCCACUGGAGGAACACCAGUGCUAAUUAUGUUUGUGUUUUUACUUGUGUCUCAGUGCUGUUGAGGCAGACAUUGUCAGUCAGAAGUAAUUUUCUGCUCUGUCUUGCAAACAUGCCAACAUUUCUUCAUAAGUUUGAAGACCUUCAAGCUUUUAGCAAGAUAAAAUGAUUGUUGAUUAUCUGGUGCUUCUAACUGGUCCCACUGGAUAGGGUAAUGAAUUUGAAACUCUGUGGUUCACAGGUGACAUUUUCAUCUCCAAUGGAUUUCCUCCCAGGGAUGGGUAAAUAUACCCAAUGUUUUCAAGGAGAAAUAAUGUGAUAUAAUGUCUUUAUAUCACUAAAGAUCUUACUAAUUAUUAUGUUAUCAUUGAUUUGCUGGCAAAAAUAUUGGUACCUUGGGACAGUAGUGUGGAUGAGAUAUAACAGUUUUAUAUGUCAGACAUACAGGAGUGACAGCAAGCUUUCCACAUAAGAGACAAACCCACAUAAGAGAAGAAACAAACCUGAUGAAAAAUAAUGACAAUAGAGUGAACAGAAGCAGAAGACACUAGCACUUUACUGUUUGUAGCUGUUAAGAAACUACACUGAGGCAUAUUGAUUAACAUUAGGCUACUCUAUGUCCACUUUUGUAUGCAUGCCAUAUUGCAUAUUUGGAUCGGUCAAACACCACAUGGACUACAAUCAAAGCACAUGUGAGCAUCUGUUGUUGCUUGUGCUUGAUGGUUAGACAUUUAUGGAUGCUGAUAAUAUGCAAGCACUGUAUUGAUAAUGAAAGUGUUAAGUGGUGGGUUUAAAGAGCUAUUAUUAUUCUACAAGUGUUUUCAUAGUACGAUUGGGAAAUACAGUGAAAUACACUGAGUAGCUGAAGCAGAGAAAAAGGAGUUAGAUUAAAAUUAAAAUGGUGCCUGUUAAAUAGCUGCAGUUGCCAGGCUACUGGCACUGCAGUUUUGUGUGUGGUGUGACACAACACUCAGUCUGUUCUCCUGCAUCCUGUAGUAACUGCAUUAUUCGUGAACAUCGAGAUUUAGUUCCUCCAUCUGUCAAGUAAAGUGAUUUCAUUCUACAAUGAGAACAAUAUUUUCCAUUUUUGGGACGAGCAAUGUAUUUGAAUGAAUUUGGAAAUUCUAAAGUGCUUUGCAAAAAUUGAUACCUAUGCUAAGGCAAAAAUGUCACAUGUGAAGCAAGUGGGACUUUUAGCUGCUGGAUGUCAGCCAUGGAACAAGGAUAUAUGUGCCGCUAGUGGGGACAGAUUUGCCUACUGUGCUACCCUUGCUGUUUAUAUUUAUCAACUGGAUCACCGAUACAAUGAAUUCAAGCUCCAUGCGAUUAUGUCUGAGCACAAGAAGACAAUCACAGCCAUAUCUUGGUGUCCCCACAACCCUGACGUGUUUGCAAGUGCCAGUGCAGAUAGUUUAGUGAUCAUAUGGAAUGUGAAUGAACAGAAAGUUGUGGCCAAGCUGGACAAUACAAAAGGAAUUCCUGCGUCCCUUGGCUGGUGCUGGAAUGCAGGUGACGCAGUUGCAUUUGUGUCGCACAGAGGUCCACUGUACAUUUGGACUAUCUCAGGACCUGACAGCGGGGUAACUGUGCACAGAGAAGCACAUAGUUUCUUGUCAGAUAUCAGUCUGUUUAGAUGGCAUCCAAAGAAAAAAGGGAAGGUGGUAUUUGGACAUACUGAUGGAAGCUUAUCUAUUUUUCAAUCAGGUUCUAAAAAUCAGAAACAUGUCUUAAGACCUGAGUCUCUUGAAGGAACAGACGAAGAGGAUCCAGUUACAGCUCUGGAGUGGGACCCUUUGUCAACUGAUUACCUUCUUGUUGCUAAUUUACAUAAUGGUAUUCGACUAGUUGAUUCUGAAUCUCUGUCCUGUAUCACAACUUUUAGUUUUCCCAGUGCAGCAGCAUCUGUUCAGUGUUUAGCCUGGGUUUCUAGUGCACCUGGAAUGUUUAUAACUGGAGAUUCUCAGGUUGGUGUGUUACGUGUUUGGAAUGUUUCACGUACAACACCUAUAGAUAAUUUUAAAUUGAAGCAAACUGGUUUCCACGGCUUGCAUGUGCUAAGUUCUCCUCCAAAAAAAAAGUCAUGUUCAUCACAGUAUCCUACUAAAAAUCAACAUACAUCUUCAACAAGUGAGGCUGUUCCUCCUCCAACUUUAACCCAAAACCAAGCAUUUUCUCUUCCUCCUGGUCAUACGGUCUGUUGCUUCAUGGAUGGUGGAGUGGGGCUUUAUGACAUGGGAGCCAAAAAGUGGGAUUUCCUUAGAGAUUUGGGACAUGUUGAGACCAUCUUUGAUUGCAAAUUCAAACCUGAUAAUCCUGAUCUUCUUGCUACAGCUUCAUUUGAUGGCACAAUAAAAGUUUGGGACAUAAAUACUUUAUCAGCGGUUUAUACAUCUCCUGGUAAUGAGGGGGUUAUUUAUUCCAUUUCUUGGGCUCCAGGCAAUCUGAACUGCAUAGCGGGUGGAACAUCCAGAAAUGGUGGCUUUAUCUGGGAUGUUCGAAAAGGCAAAAUGAUAACCAGAUUCAGUGAGCAUGGAAAGAAUGGAAUCUUCUGCAUUGCCUGGAGUCAUAAAGAUUCCAAAAGAAUAGCAACCUGCAGCAGUGAUGGAUUUUGUAUUAUUCGAACCAUCGAUGGCAAUGUUCUUCACAAGUACAAACAUCCAGCUGCAGUGUUUGGCUGUGAUUGGAGCCAAAACAACAAAGAUAUGAUAGCUACUGGUUGUGAGGAUAAAAAUGUUCGCGUUUACUACUUGGCAACCAGCUCUGAUCAACCACUGAAAGUUUUUGCUGGGCAUACUGCAAAGGUAUUUCAUGUUCGGUGGUCUCCUCUCAGAGAAGGAAUCCUCUGCAGUGGCUCUGAUGAUGGUACCGUUCGGAUAUGGGAUUAUACACAAGAUGCUUGUAUCAAUGUUCUUAGUGGACAUACAGCUCCAGUACGGGGAUUGAUGUGGAAUCCUGAAAUUCCUUACCUUCUAAUAUCUGGCAGUUGGGACUAUACAAUUCGAGUCUGGGACACAAGAGAUGGAACAUGUUUGGACACAGUUUAUGAUCAUGGUGCAGAUGUAUAUGGAUUAACGUGUCAUCCUAGUCGUCCAUUUACUAUGGCAUCUUGCUCUCGUGAUUCCACUGUGAGACUCUGGUCAUUGACACCUCUUAUAAACCCUCUACAAAUAAAUGUCGUAACAGACAGAUGUUGGGAUGAUAUUAUUGGCAGUACAGAUCGCGCUGUGGAGUCUGGAGCUCCUCCAUUGCUCUGUGGUAAAGUUUCCAGGGAUAUUAAACAAGAAUUGGAAAAAUUAUCAGGAAGUCCUCGAGGAAAAAAACUCAGGUGGUUUUCAGAAUUUUUUUCACCUCCAGGAGGCAGCAAAAAUUUAUGGGAUUUGGUUGCUGUAAUAAAGGGACAGGAUGACAGUUUGCUUCCACAAAACUACUGCAAAGGAAUUAUGCAUAUAAAACACCUCAUUAGAUUCAGACUGUCCAAGGCACAAGAACUGACAACAGUAAAGAUGUCUAAAUUUGGAGGUGGUAUUGGUGCACCAAGCAAAGAGGAGAGACUCAAAGAAGCUGCAGAAAUACAUUUAAGACUGGGACAAAUUCAGCGAUAUUGUGAACUAAUGGUAGAACUCGGAGAGUGGGACAAAGCUCUCUCAGUUGCACCUGGUGUAUCAAUGAAAUAUUGGCGGAAGUUAAUGCAAAGGAGAGCUGAUCAGUUAAUUCAGGAAGAAAAUGAUGAUGUCAUCCCAUACUGUAUAGCUAUUGGAGAUGUGAAGAAACUGGUUUCUUUCUUUACUUCAAGAGGUCAGCUUAAAGAGGCUCUACUUGUUGCACAGGCAGCUUGUGAAGGAAAUAUACAGAUGUUACCACUCUCCACAACAAGUGGAACUUCAAAUUCUGGUGGAAACAAUACAGAUGAUUAUAAUGAUCUCCUGCAGAAGGUCAGUAAAGAACUGGCAGAUUGGUAUUUCCAGGAUGGUCGUGCAGUGCUUGCAGCAUGUUGUCAUCUGGCUGUUGAAAAUAUAGAGCUUGCGAUGGCAAACCUGAUUCGUGGAAAUGAACUGGAGCUGGCAAUCAGUGUGGGUACUGUCUUGGGAGAAAGUGCAGCACAAGCAACACAUUAUGCCCUAGAAUUACUAGCAAGAAAAUGUAUGGCAGUAACAACAUGCUUCCCAUCACUUGGAUACAGGGAUUUAGCAGUUGAUCUUCUUAUGAUGAUUCCUGAUAAUAAACUGCAGUUAGUAAAACUAUGUGCUUUUUAUCCUGGAUGCACAGCAGAAAUAAAUGACCUGCAUGAAAAGUGUAAUCUUCCUGAUGUGGAAGAAUGUAUGCGAGUGGCAGAGACAAUUCAGGCAGAUGGGGAUGUAUUUGAAACAAUAAAGUACUAUCUCUUAAGCACAGAACCUGAAAAGGCUCUCCCUGUUGGCAUUCAGUAUGUGAAAGAACAACUUUGUGGCUCAGAUUGGACUUUAGAUUCAGUCUUUCCAUAUCUUGAUCUUUUAAGUUACAUACGGACUGAACAGUUAAUGUUGCCUAAGUGUAGUGAGUUUCGGAAUGAGUUGCUGAUUUUGUGUGGUUACGUUGGUGCCUUACUUGCUAUCAGAAGACAGUACAACAGCAUUGUACCUGCACUAUAUGAGUAUACAAGUCAGCUUUUAAAAAGACGGGAAGUAUCUGUACCUUUGAAAAUUGAACAGCUUUCUGAGGAAUUAGAUGCAUGGAGAGCUUGCACACAAUCAAACAAGCCUACGGAUGAGUUGCCAUGCACCCCACCCUCUGAAUCGCAGAGAGCGCUGUAUUCAGUUCUUGUCUCGCGAAUUCAGGGGGAGCCUCUGAAAGGAAUGGUUGGGCCAGACUGUGUCACUGGAUCAAAUCUUCCCAGUCAUUCAGAUGUUCAUACCUCUUGUUUGACAGGACUAAAGAUCCAGGGCCCUGUGUUCUUCCUCGAAGAUGGAAAAUCUACUAUUUCACUGAAUGAUGCUUUGAUGUGGGCCAAAGUGAAUCCUUUUUCACCAUUAGGAACAGGAAUACGACUUAAUCCAUUUUGAUGAGGUGUUUCCUCUGUACUUUAUAGUGCUUAAAAUAACACUCUGGGAGUUAAUGCUGAUUUAACCUUGAUUGUCAAAGGACAGAGAGGUGGUAGUUGAUUUCUCCUGACAGUCAAUUACUUGAACUUCGAAAAUUUUAAAAUGAGAACAAAAGGAUUUCUAUACAAAUGUUUUUUGAGAAUCCAAAGAAAAGAGUUACUUGAUAAUCCAAAGAAAAAGUCCUAAUUUCAUAUAUAGCCAUGUCAUUUUUUAGUAAGAAUAUUGUCAUCAGACAAUUAUUUUUGUCAACUCUGUGUGAAUAGAUGCUUUGUAAAGUAAGCAACUAUCUACAUAUUACCAAAAUAUUGAUAAUAAACUGUGAAACCCAUAAACACUCUUCCAAAUAUAUAAUCAUAGAAUGACUUUAUUGACAACAACUCCAAAGUUUUUUUAGAAUGACUGGAAUAUUUUGGCUGUUUCACACUGUCCCCCUUUUUAAUUUGAACUAAUUUUUACACACAGGGUUCUAUAGCAAAAGUAAAAUUUAAAGAGUAGGUGUUUCUUUCAUCCACUUGUUAUUGUGCUUUAAUAGCAGUACAAAUAGAAGGUCACUUAUGUUUUGUUUAGAUUAUCUAUGUUUUGUUUAGAU